CCCUCAUUUAUUACUUCAGUGUCAGUGCAGUGAAUGGUUCUGUUACUGUUUUCACUAAUAAUUAACCCGUGACGUCAUUAUUUCAAUAUUUUCCAUUGCAAUUUCAGGGAUGGAUCUUGUUUACGAAAUUCCCGAAAACGAACUUUGCCGCAACUUUAAACGGAUUUCCUUCCAGGUAUUUUAUUAGCUUUCUAUGAUUUCUACGGUAUCUUUCCCGAAAUGCAUGAAUCUAUUCCAACUUAAAUGACAUGAAUUCGUUGUCCUGCAAAGUUGCCCGUGCAUUUGCUGCUUGCGUAUUGCUUUAUCUUCGUAUCAUCGUAAGCGGGAUCGAACCCCACACGGUUCCAAGUUGCAAAGUACGUCGUACUUCAUGGGCUAUUACCGCGGGGGCGCUUUAUCAUUGAAAUCUAUCGCCUUACGCUUUUGAGUAGACAACUUGAAUGGAGGGAAUCCCGAAAUCGUACCUUUUAUGCUCUGUCUUAAACGGUCCGACUUGGCAAUUUUCGCGGCAGUGUUUGGUAGCAAGCUUUCAAACCUCUGCAUGGCCCUACGGCUUUUUGCGCAGCCCCAGUGUUGCAGACAGAGUGCCUAUUUAGAAGGACUGUUUUCCCUCAUACUUAUAAUAAUGUGAAGUAUGUAAGAACGAAUAAUUUAAACAAUAGGAGAACAAAGCAUGUCCUAAUAGUCCAUUGACACUUAACCGAAGUGAUACUACCUUUACAAGUUUAAUAUUAAACGGUAUCUUUUUACGAUCUUUAUGAACCGCUUGUAAGUAAUUGCGUUUUAUGUAGCUAGCAUUCAAAAACAGAAAAAUACGCAAAUUGUCGGCAUCGUACUCGAUCUCUAAUAACGAACUUUCGGAACAAAAUUCGGCCUACCAUAUUCUCGCGUUAAAUCUGAGCCGUUUACCCAAGCGUAAUAACGAAAAUUUGGUAACAAGAUAAAUUCAGUUACUUCAGAAGCUUUUCCGAGGAAUCGUCGUUUGGUGUUUGUGAAUUCAAGAGAAAUUGCGCUAUUUUGGGAUGACCACCUGAGAGGGUCGUGUAGUUCACGGGGACUGCCUCAUACGGUUGUCAUUAGAAUUGCUCUCUAUAAGCUAGCGUGAGCUUUACCAGGUAAAACUGUACGGAAAAUCUGGAUAUCUAAAAUGAGCGUAAAGGUACAGCCACGCACUAAGCUCACCAGUCCGGGCAAAGAUGUCGUCCGGGAGUCUCUCGAAGGCCUUGUCCAGAGCAACCCAGGCCUGAGGCUCUUGGAAGGGGUUAACUGUGUCUUACGACAUGACUUCCGGCAACACAUCGCCGCGGGAAAGGUGUGUGUAGUAUCAGGCGGCGGAUCGGGUCACGAGCCGGCGUUUUGUGGGUUGGUGGGGGCAGGAUUCCUAACGGGGGCCGUAGCUGGUGCCACGUUCACAUCGCCGCCCCCAAAUCAAAUUCUCGCCGCCCUUCGCAAACUUGCUAGCGCCAUCCCGAUUUCGCCAUGGUCUCUACAGCAGCAACUAUUAGAGCAGCCAGCAAGUAAUGGAAAUAAUAACGACUUCUACGCUAAUAAACACGCGGGCAUCUUAGUGAUUGCCUUAAACUAUACGGGUGAUAAGCUAAAUUUCGGUUUAGCAAUUGAGAGAUUUCGGUUGGAAUUCGGUGCGAACAAGCCAAUUCACUUAAUGUUUAUAGGCGAGGAUGCAGCUCUUGGUACCAGGGGAGCCGGUCGUAGGGGGCUUGCGGGGGGUAUUAUUCUAUUGAAGGUAGCGGGCGCAAUGGCCGAGUCAGGCAAAAGUUUAUCCGAAAUAGUGUCUGCAAUCGAAUCGCUGCGUGGACGCAUCGCAACCGUAGGCGUAUCAUUCGGUGCAGUUGCCCUACCCGGAAGCAAACAUUUCUUAUUUGAUUUAGCCCCUGGAAAAAUGGAGCUGGGACUCGGAAUUCACGGCGAGGCCGGUGUUCAACGUGUGGAUGCUGAGUCGUGUGAGGAAAUUGUCAGCCGCAUUGGCUCGCUCCUUUUCACCGGCGCCAUUGCCGUUGAGUACGGGGAUUGGACGUGGAACAAGGGAGAUAAAGCAGUGGUGCUCAUCAAUAAUCUUGGAAGUAUUUCGUUGAUGGAGAUGGGAAUCGUUUGUAAAUAUGUACUUCAGUAUUUCGAACGCAAAGGAAUCGAUGUGAUCCGACUUUAUUGCGGAAGUUAUCUGACGUCAUUGGAUAUGGCCGGCUUUUCAGUGACGUUGUUGAAACCGGGCAUCGAGACUCUGCACUGGCUAGACGAAGCAACGAGCGUGCCCUACUGGAUAGUUCCGUAUGGCGCGAAACACUGCCGAGAUCGUCUGACCUCUCCAUGUCUUCCACUUGUGCCGCCGAUUGACCUCUCAGCUAAAAAUCGAGGUCCUGUUCUUCAUCCUAAAGACGUGACUCUUUUCACUGCCCUUACGAGAGCGGCAGCUGGAGCCGUCAUUGCUAAACGUGAUCUUCUCAAUGAAUUAGACUCUGGUUGUGGGGACGGCGAUUGCGGAUCAAGCAUUGAAGCCGGUGCCAAUGGCAUUCUUUCUGUGCUCGACUCUACACCAUCUGUCUUCGACUAUCCGGUAGAAGCGUUUUCGCGUUUUGCAACAGUCGUCGAAUCGCACAUGGGUGGCACCAGUGGGGCGCUGUACUCACUGUUUUUUGAAGCUAUCGCUACGCAGUUGUUUGCCAUAGACCAAAAAGAGAUUACGGCACAACGACCUCUCGUAUCUCGCUGUGUUCGGGCCGCUACGGAAAAAAUAAUGGAAUAUGGUGGCGCACGGAAGGGAGAACGAACCAUGGUGGACGUGCUUUUGGUGCUUGUGGAAUCUCUGGAAGCAGAUCAGAGUUGUGUUGAAAUUCUAGCAGAAGCGGACCGCGCUGCAAAGGACACAAGCUUAAUGCGGGCUGCAAGAGGUCGGGCGUCAUACGUUACUGCCGACCUUACUUAUGGGCGAGAGGACGCUGGCGCGCGAGCAGUCUCCAUUUGGAUCGAGGCCAUAUGCAAAGGCGCAUGUGGUUAUAACGAGACUCGUGUAUAAAUGGCGAGCUUUCGUGAAUUCAGGCCGGAGUAAGACAAAUCAUCACAGCAGACCUCGUUGCCCCUAAUUGCUUUGUACACCGUCCUUAGUUGCGAUUUCUAUCGAUUUUUGUCGGAAGACGUUUUCCGUGCCGGUUCGCUUUACUGCGCAUGACCAUUUUUAAACCUAUUGCAAUACGAGAAACGAGAAUGCCGAGUUCUUGCUCUAAUAUAGAAGCAUCACCGCCAAGUGAGAGGUUAUAUAUUCCACUUGGCGAUGAUGAUUCAUGCCGAGGUUCAGCUGAAGAGUGGGAGGGAAGUGGAGCGUCGUUUCACGUACGUUUCUUGACGUGCGUUCUGGCACCAAAAUAUACUUCAUAAGCGCAAUGCUUGUGAUUCUUGCAACAACAGGGUAGUGAGCGAGAGUAGUGGGUGGGUGGAUGCAAGUUUACGCCCAAUAAAUACCAAAAAGUCAAAUAAAAAUCUAUCGACAAUCAUUUCCGAAGCUGCCGACGCUUCUCCGGCGGUUUUCGAGAGCGGUUUCACGAAAUGUUAUCGUUGAACAUAGGUGUGUGCAAUGACGCAAACGCUAUGAAGAAGCUUGCCAGACCUAAGCACAUCAUAGAGUGAGCAUUUAAAAGUAGUGCGGUGACUGGCACGUGUAUAAGCGGUUGUUCUGGAUGGGUCACGCUCUAGUCGACGCAGUCUACGACGAUAAUAGCAGUGUUAUUGUUAAACGUAGCAACUGAAGUACUGCAGUAAGGAGAAUUGACUGCCAACGUGAGCGCGAUUUGCGACAGAUAAACUUGUGUGAUAAAUUAUAUAAUAAUGGUAAUAUAAUCACCGGAAUGGUGAUUAAUCGAAAAUUACGUCUUUGCAGAUGUUUUAUAACAGUAUUUUUUUAUGCAGGAAAAUGCUUACGGAACAAUCUGAUUACGGAUAGAAUACGAGCUACCUUGAGAGAACAAGGAAAGAGUAAGAGAACAAGAAAAGAAAUCAUACAUAAAAGCAUGAUCAAACAAGGAUUUUUGAGUAGGACAAAAGUAUGUAGCAAAUCCAUAGAAAAUAGAUUACUGGCUAUUUAUCAAGCUAUCUUACGGCGACACUUUUGUGCAAAACGUUUCGAUAAGAGUUCUACAAAUGUUAUCGAAACGUUGAAAAGUUGAUUGUCCGUGGCAGCCAUCGUACAGUUGAACGUGUAGAGGUUCUAGUGAAAAUGUGUGUCGAGAUUAUUUGAUAAACAUGCAGGAAGAGCAUUAGGAAAUGUGUGAGUAUGAAGUAACCAGUUUGUUGAUAAGACCUUAUAUAAGUAAGUAAUUGGGCCUGUUCGAUGCACAGUGCAAUGUCAAUGUGAAAAAAUAUCCAUAUGAGUAAGUUUGUCUCAUACAACUUAACUUGAUCCGGAUGGAACCUAUCCUAACUGUCAGGUUAACUUCGACUUCUUACAAUUCUGUUUCUAUCUGCAGAUCUAUCUAUACAAAUCUGCAGAGUGAGUAAUCAAUAGGCCUUUUUAAAGCUAGAGCUUGAUUAAUAUAGUUCCGCUGGUUGUAUCCUAAUCUGAUGAUAUAUACGUCACUCGGUUCGACGUACUCGAUUUAGGGGGAGAAGAUUAAAUCGUUGGUAAUGAAUGUCAGCUGCCACUUUUGAGAGGAAGCGCCUACAUAUUCAAUACUUUCUCAUUGAGACACAGGGAGUCCCGACACUGGAGAAACCGGCUGAUUCGUACCAGAUCCUGGCACAAGCGACGGAACGGCUUCGUUAAAACGGAUCACAGAAGUGGGCUGUUGGAACGCGGUCCCGUUCUCGUAGUUAUUUACAUAGGACCAAUGACUUAACAUGCGGGUAAAUGCGCUGAAAUAUUUUACUAACGAUAUUAUACGGCACAUGAUUAUUCAUAAUACCCAAAAGCACUGCAAUUAUGAUGGCGUCUCUGCUUCUGAACUAUGUACACGCAGACUAUACGUAUUACAGGCUACAGGGCUGUCUGAUCUAUCUACGGAGGUACAAAAAUCUAUUUCGGUGACAGUGGUUGCGACACAACAGGAUGCUGCAAAAAUCCUUACUUGAACUCUCAUGAUGCCAUACGAAGCAUGAAAGAAAACAGCUACCUAAGUUACUACAUAAUAGAUCUUUCAAAAUAGAAUGCGUUUACACAUGCGCCAAUACACAACCAUCCCGGUGUUGUGAUCUUCUGGGGAACUACAAUAGCAGAAAAAAAGGGACUAUAAUUGGUUCCUGUUCAUGAAUUUAGCAUCGAAUGCAAAUAAAAAUAGUCAUGUGCAAGGAUUAGAAUGUACUGUAAAAUGUAAGCUCAUUGCAGACCACAAGAACUAGGGAGUAUAUCGUCGAGAACGCUCUAGGAAAAGAUUAUAGCUAAAUAAUUGAAAAAGCGCGAAGUCAGGAAGCCUAAAGGGUUAUUUCUCCUCACCCAUUUAUUAUGUGCUAUCGCUACAUACAGUUCCUAUUGUGGUCCAAUAAAGGUUGAAAAAUUCA